AUGGCGCUGGCUAUAAACGGAGACGAGGAAGAUUCGGAGGAGGAGCAAGGACAGGCGGGGAAGUGCGAAUGGCAGUGGAGCAACAGUAGCCACAUUCGGGGCGUCCUCCUUCAUCAGAACAGGACCAAAGUCACUUUCCAUCCCAACGGGAGCUGGGGGUGCGCAGCAAUUAGAGGAGUCAAGCCUCUUCUCCCCAACAUGGAACACUUCUUCGAGGUGGUAAUGGAGGGCCCGUUCUACGGGCAGGCCCGGAUGGUAGGCAUAGGCACAAAACAUGUAAUUCUACAGUCUCACAACUAUGACUUUUACCCUCUUCUUGGCAAAGACGACAACAGCUGGGCUCUCAACUACAAUGGUGAAAAGUACCACGCAGGCCAGAAAGAAAAAUACGUCAAUAUUCCUCUUGAGAAACUAAAACAGUUGCACGUCGGUGUGUACUAUGACGGACUUCACGGAACGCUGUGUUUUGAGAUAAACGGAGAACGUUACGGAGUGGCGUAUAAUAACAUAUACCCAGACUUGGAAUUGUACCCCAUGCUGUGUGCGAGCUCAGCGGGGACAAUCAUGACUCUUACACAGAGCCACUCCACCGUCGUCUCACUAAAGGCCGUGUGCCGUGGAGCCAUCAGAAUGGCUGUCAAAGAAGAAGAUAUUAGACACUUGCCGCUCCCCAAUCACCUCAAAAACUAUCUCGCCUUUCGUUCCAAUACAUUAGGCAGCAGAGAGAGCAAGAAGUCCUGA